AUGAUGCCUCAGAAACAUCCCGAGUCCCCUCCUUUCUUCGACUUCAUCGUGACCCCGGAAGCUUCACAGAGCUCACCCAAGGAAAACUACGGAGUUCGAACAACCACCUCCCCUGCAAUCAAGAAUGCCCCUCUACCCGCGGACGGCGCCGGUAACAAUUCGUGGUCCAAUGCCCUACUCUUUUUCCUGCUGAUAUCCAUUCCAUGGCUCAUAUCUUUUCAACUGGGUGGCGGCCUCUACUUCAUACUCGUGGCAACAUGUACCGCUAUCCCGAUACUCAUGGCAUUCUGGACCACCUUUUCUUCCACGUCCCCACGCAUGAAUGAAAAGGCAAGGUUCCCAGGUCGGCCAGUGGAAUAUUAUCUCAAUUUUCGCACGGAUGGAGAUCGAGCGAAAUAUCGGGGCAAGAGAAAGAUUCCUAUUGAGGUAUUUUAUGAAAAGUACUUUCGGGGCGAUGUGAUGUUCAAAAAUGGGGAUUGUCUGGAGAAUCUGGAGUACCGGCACGAUUGGGCAAACUUCAGCUUCUCCUGGGGAGUUUUUAAGCACUUUCUGUUUGGAUUUGUCCCGGAACUAAUCGUGCACUCUCGCUCACAAGACGAGGAGCAGGUCAGCGGCACCUAUGAUCGCGGCGACGACUUUUACGCAUGGUUCUUAGGUCCUCGCAUGAUAUACACCUCCGGACUGAUCGGCGAUGUCACCAAAGAAGAAUCUCUGGAGCAGCUACAGGACAAUAAGUUGACGGUAGUAUGCGAGAAGAUCGAUCUGCAGCCAGGUGAUACUAUGCUGGAUAUUGGGUGUGGCUGGGGAACCUUGGCAACCUUUGCGAGCGUUCAUUACAAGGCACAUGUCACUGGGGUUACACUGGGUCGCAACCAGACCAAAUGGGGGAAUUCUUCCCUUGAAAGUGCUGGAAUUCCGCAAUCCCAAAGUCGAAUCUUUCGCAUGGACUAUCGGGAUUCCCCACGAAUUCCGGGGGUUCAUGAUAUGCUGGACGAUGAUGGAGUUUUCUAUUUGCAGUAUUCUGGGCUUCGGAAAUACUGGCAAUACGAGGAUCUUAUCUGGGGGUUGUUCAUGAACAAAUAUGUUUUCCCAGGCGCCGAUGCAAGUACGCCCCUCGGAUGGGUUGUUGAUCAGCUCGAAGGAGCUGGUUUUGAAAUCAAAAGCGUCGACACUGUUGGAGUGCACUAUUCGGCAACGUUGUGGCGGUGGUAUCGUAAUUGGUUCGCCAAUCGGGAGAAUGUGGAAGCGAAGUAUGGAGCAAAGUGGUAUCGGAUCUGGGAGAUUUUCCUCUCUUGGUCUACCAUUGUUUCCCGCCAAGGGAGUGCAACGUGCUACCAGAUUGUUCUGGUCAAGAACAUCAAUUCGACUCACCGAGUGGACGGAGUUCCUAGCCAAUUUGCAAUCACCGGCGCAAUCAGGUCGGCGGUUGAGAAAAUUGGCAAGAUUCCUAGUGCCUUCCUGUCGUAG